AUGGCUGAGUCUCGACUUAAACACAGAGAACUUUGGAGAAAUACUGUUGGUUUAAGGGAUGACUUCUACACACUUAAGAAAUUCUCUUGUAAGCAAGAGGAUAAAAUAAAGAAAUUACAAACUAAACUACGUAAAAUAAUAGCAGAUAAAAAAAAAGAUACCACCGCAAAGGAAAUGCUUCAUGUAAGGCACUUGGAGUGGCAAUUUCUUAUCCAAGGAGAAUUUAAAAAUUUAGCUAAUGUAUGCUUAAAGAUUCAAUAUAUUUCACAGAAAAAAAUAAAAUUGGCUAACAUUCAGCUGAGUGCUGCAAAGAAGAAUAGGCCAUUGUUGUUUCAACAUAUAGGAGCAAGAGUAGACACAGGAUUGAAGCAGACACGUGCACCAGUCACCCCUCAAGUGAAACAGCCUGUCCGACCUAGUUCCUCACCUUCAAAACCUGCUUCAUCCUCUGAGUCCUCGGCUCGGACAAUAGAAUCUUCUGUUCAUCAAACAGAUUUUGUAUUACCUGAAAGAGUUCGUGAGAUUCUAGAAGAAGCGAGAAAAAGAAUUCUUGCCCUUGAAGCAGAGAGAGAUGAGCUUCAGGAGCAUCUUAUUGAGAAACAACAGCUAUACAAGGUGCUGUCAAAAAAGUUUCCAGACUUGAAUUUUCAUGUGCUUCUUAGAUUACAAACUAAACUACGUAAAAUAAUAGCAGAUAAAAAAAAAGAUACCACCAGCAGAGGAAAUGCUUCAUGUAGUGUUCAGGAGAUGGAGUAUCAGGAUGCUUUAGAAUCGCAGCAGCAGUCUAUAAGAGAACUAAGACUGAAAAAUGAUCAUCUGGAGGUAUUACCUGAAAGAGUUCGUGAGAUUCUAGAAGAAGCGAGAAAAAGAAUUCUUGCCCUUGAAGCAGAGAGAGAUGAGCUUCAGGAGCAUCUUAUUGAGAAACAACAGUCAGCUGAAGAUGCAGAGUAUGAACUACAACAAAAAAUAGCUAUGCUGAAGGAGGAAGUAACAAGCCUUCGAGAAGAUCUGCAUGAUCAAGGAGUGCGUGAAGAAAGAGAAACUCUAGCAAUUGUCCGUGCUGAACGUGAAGCUCGUACUCUCUCUGCUCGGACCACUGCACUACAGGAACAGCUUACAGUCACUGAGGAAAAAGUUGCAGCAGAGAAAUCAAGAAAAGAAGCUUUGCAAAAUGAACUUGAGAGAAUGACUGGGAAACUGUUAGGAGCUGAACACCAGUUAAGAGAGAUGCAGCAAGAAUAUCAGAAGACAUUGGCCCAGUUGCAGCAGAUUGCAGAGAAAAAUAAAAUAUUACAGAAGGAAAAUGAGCAGCUUCAAAAGGAAAAUGAACAACUAACAAUUCUUAAUAAAAAUAUCGAACAGCGAGGACUUGCAGCAGAAAAUGAGUCAUUAAAAACCCAAAUUGCACACUUAGAAUCUGCUUUACAAUGUGACUGGAGUGGUAGAGGCAGUUUAUUGGAGAACAUGACCAGGAUAAAAGAAGCCCUUGCCAAAGCUGAGGUUGAAAUGAAGAAUCUAAGGGAGAGUAACUUUAAACUUCAAGAGGAAUUGGAGAAAGCAACUCAGAAGUUAAAUAUUUAUUCAAAGGCUGGCUUACUUGAUUUGACAGAAAAAGAUCUUGCUAAUAUAUUUAUGAAGCACAAGGAAGAGAGUUCAGGUGGGAUGUCUGCCAAGGCUGUUGAAGAUCUGAGACAAGCACAUAGUGAACUUCAGUUGCUCUACAGGGAGAAGAUGUUAGAGCUGGAAAAAAUAACAUCAACCCUUACUUCACAUGCAGAGACUUAUAAAGCACUUGAGAAUCAGGUAGCAAAAGUUACUCAAGAAUCUCAAGAGAAGGAAGCUGAUUUCCUCUUGACAAUCAAGAACUUGCAGGAGGUAAUUAAAAGGAGAGAUGAACGCUGUGAGAAAAUGGAACAUCAGAUGCUGAUGAUUACUGACAAAGGCUUGAAGGAAAAAUUGGAUGAUCUGGGUCACAACCUGACACGAACAGUCAACCUUGGAAAACACGACAAUGUACUAGAGUUUCAUAUUGACAAAGUUCUAUUCGAAGCUCCCGAGUUCAAUCUGUUAAAGACAUUUGUUUCCUGGACAGUUCCAUUCUCACUGGAAGAUCCUUUACAGCAUACCAAUGUUGCCAUUGGUAUUGAUGCUCGCUACAAUUAUUCAGCUCUUUACAAGUUUCAGAUGAACUUCAGAAAUCUUGUUUCUUUACGUGAUGAUAAUGUCACAGUUUCUGUGUAUAUUCUUCUGGAUUCGGGUCAUCCAGCUAAAGUUGGUGAAUGUUAUUUGAGCUUCAGUGAGGUUCUAGAUCACCCACGCAACACCCUUCAUGGCACUGUUCAAGUCUUGGUGGCCUUUGAUGAUGCAGAGGUGCAGCACCUGCCUGUUGGGCUCCACUUACAACCAGGAGAGGUGGUUGGUACAAUGAGUUAUUGGUUUAAUUUGCAACGCCCUUGUGAGGAAGUUAUCGCCCAGCAUAUGCGAACUGUUGGGGUCCUAGCAGCAUCGCAGCAUUAUCAGGAUUUUGUUCCCAAGGCAUCCAAAAUAAUUGAGUCAAAAAAUCCAGUAAAUCCUAGGAGAGUUAGUGACAAGGAAUAUCAGUGGAAAUCUGCUGAUCACCAGCUGUCUUCUGACAUGAGCAGAAGACGAAGUAGUUUAGAACAACCAUCAAAGCUGAAAUGCCCAAUACCAGCACCGAGGUCACAGUCACAUGCAUCUCUUCUGAUUGAGCAGCAACAGACAUAUUCACAAGAGAGUGAAGAAACAAAGCAUCACCAGGAAUCUGUAAACUCAUCCCUACACACUCACGAAUAUGAGUCAGCAGAGCAAGUUCAAAGUGACAUUUACCAUAAUGCUGCAGCUGGAAGCUGUGGGUUCGAGAAGCAUUGUCCACACUCACAGUCAACUAGCUCAUCUAGGCCAUAUAAUGCAGAAACUCCCAUUAAAACAAAAGUAAUUAAAACUGGUAAUAUAGAUGGCUAUAAAAACCACAAGAAUGUAAAUUCAAAGCAAAAUUCAGCUACACAUUCCUCAUCCAGAUCUGACCCAUCAACCAGUCAUGCCAGUGACAAAUUAUCUUUACUUUUGAUUGAUAAGAAAGCAACUAGACCCAAGUCUGCAACCUCAGUAAUGUGUGCAAGGGACUCAUCUGAGGAAAAUGGUAGAACUUCAGUGAUUAAUGAAAAUCAUGCCACACUUGAAGGACACCUCAGAAACCAACCACAGGUUUCCGAACAACAGACGUGUUCCAGUGAAGAAAGUUCAUCAAGUGACACAAUGUUUGAAGAAUCUAGCGAGUCUGAUACACACAUAGAUGAAGCUCCCCAAUUACAGUCAGUCCACAAAGCUCCUGAAAACCUGGCCAUUGAAGCUAAGAGCAGCAAAGACCUAGGAAGAAAAGGAGGUAUAAGGAGCAGCAUGAGUAUUCAUAGCAAGAGAGGUCAAGAGACUUGCUCUACCAGCAGUCCUAGGAUAAGCAAUAGCAGCAGCCAGGUAACUGGGAGUCAGCUGUCUUUAGCCGAGGCAAGCCUUGCUACUGAUUCUGAAGGAGUUGUAGCUGUGGUUUCAAAUAAAUAUAAGGAAAAGCAGUUAAGGAUUUAUGUUGAAGUUUGUAGCCUGGUGUUAUAUGCAGACUCAAGUGUGAUUCAAGAUCCUUCAGUAGAGUUCCUCUUUGUUGACUACCAUGGGUUUCUUGGUCUUCCACCUGAUCAACUAGAAACACCUAUGUCUCUUCCUAAACCCCCUCCAGGAUGCAGCCUCAAUUUUAAUUUUGGACAAGAAUUCAUUAUUGACCAAGAGCAACACCCUGAACGUGAGCAAGCUUUGGUUGACCUGAUGAAAAAUCGAGGGAUCAUAAAGUUUACAGUCACGUCAGAACCACCUGAAGAACUCCAAGAUUCCCACGACUGCCAGGACUUGGGGUAUGCUUUUGUGAAUCUCCAUGAACUACUGAAAAAAGGGCAAGAUUUACAUGAUGCAGAGUUAACAGUAGAGAGUGCUGAUGAUGGAAGUCAGUUGGGUGUACUGUGUAUCACUCUUCACAUUGUUGAUGUCCUCAAACAUCUCAAUAUUACAUAUCAAUAAAUUUAUUGUUUUAUUG